AUGGGUACCGGAUCCAAUCCUGCUAGGAUCCCUCAGGCGUCGGGUGAAGAUGGAGAUGAAGGGCCAGAUCAGCCCCAACAGUGGUUCACCGGAGGUGAUCGGAGCGGUCUUGCAGUAGAAGCACCGGAUAGUGCCAGGCAACGCAGGGGUGCGGAUCGCAUUAUUAGGGAUAUCAUCAAGAAGGCAGGGGACACUGGCCCUAAUCAUAUCGAACCCAGCAUACCUCAGGAACCUGAUGCUGGGGGAUUCCAUGGCGGUGGGUAUACCCUCGGCUCGGACGAAGUAGAAAGCCACUUUGUUCCUGACUCAACGGGGAACCCGAACACCGAAUCUGAAGACGAAUUCGAAGCGCAGCGUGUCGUCAGAGAGCUCACCUUUUGGCAGGAAGGUUUCAGCGUAGACGAUGGGCCGCUGUACCGGUAUGACGACCCAGCGAAUGCGCAGAUGCUUGAAGAUAUCAAUGCUGGACAUGCACCGCCUCAGAUAUUGAAUGUUCGUAUCGGUCAGCCCGUCGCAGUUCGUGUCUCUCGCCGUACCGAUGAGCACUACACGCCACCCGCGCCGCGCCCUUUCGGUGGUUCCGGUCAUCGACUUGGUGCUCCCACCCCCCAGAUUGCUGGGGCCAGUGCACCAACUUCAGGUGGCAUUCUCAUGCCUGGCACCUUUCCUGGCACGUCUGUAGCACGUCCUCCAGCCAGCCCACCCGCGACCACCUCCAACCCUGCAGCUGCACCCCCAAGUUUUGAAGUGAACAUGGAUGAACCGAACACCAGCGUGCAGAUCAGGCUUGCUGAUGGCACAAGACUCGUCUGUCGCAUGAAUCAUACUCAUACAGUGGGAGACAUUCGCAGAUUCAUCAACGCGUCUCGCCCGGAGAAUGCAGCGCGUGCCUACAAUAUUCAGACGACUUUCCCUACUCGCGUCUUGGAGGAUGAAUCUCAGACUAUCAAAGACGCUGGUUUACUCAACAGUGUAGUCGUCCAGCGCUGGGUGGACUGA